AUGUCCGAAGGUGAGAAGAAAUCGAAGAAAGCCUCCAAGGGUUUUGAUACCCGCAAGUUUUUCCUCGAUUUAGCCACCGGAGGUACAGCUGCUGCCAUCUCAAAGACUGCCGUCGCCCCGAUCGAGCGAGUCAAGUUGUUACUUCAAGUUCAAGAUGCUUCGACCACGAUUGCCGCUGACAAGAGAUACAAGGGUAUCAUGGACGUUUUAGUUCGUGUCCCCAAGGAGCAGGGAUUUUCAGCUUUGUGGAGAGGAAACUUGGCCAACGUGAUUAGAUAUUUCCCAACUCAGGCGUUGAACUUUGCCUUCAAGGAUACCUACAAGAAGUUGUUUGUCGCUGGGUAAGUUUUUUGCUUUUUUGCUUGAUUUUUAGGUAACAAAGAUAGAGAAAAGCACGAGGAAAGUUGUCUAAACGUUUGAGGAACAAUUUGUUAUAUUUUCAGAUUGGGUUGACUUGAUUUAAUUGAGCUACAUUCGUUUUUGGCUAGUGUAAUAUAAAUUUUGUAAAAUUUGGUGGAUUUUUCACUUUUUUUAAUGUUUUUAGCCUGCUAUAUUCUAAAUCUUUCAGCUACGACAAGAAAAAGGACUUCUGGAAGUUCUUUGCCGGAAACUUGGCUUCUGGAGGUGCUGCCGGUGCCACAUCCUUGUGCUUUGUUUACCCGCUCGACUUUGCUCGUACCAGAUUGGCUGCUGAUGUUGGAAAAGGCGACUCUCGUGAAUUCAAAGGCCUUGGGGAUUGUUUGGUGAAGAUUGCCAAGUCUGAUGGGCCAAUUGGACUUUACAGAGGAUUCUUCGUGUCGGUUCAAGGUAUUAUUAUCUAUCGCGCUGCUUACUUUGGUAUGUUCGACACAGCCAAGAUGGUGUUCUCGGCCGACAAGAAGUUGAACUUCUUCGCUGCGUGGGGUAUUGCUCAGGUAAGCUUUUGGUGUUUUUGAUGUUGUUUUAGAGGAAAUGGAUUAUUUAUAAAGUUUUCUUAUAUUGUUGUAGAUUGUUUGUGGGUUUUUGUUAUUUUUUAGGUUUUUAAAGCUUUAAUGCUAAUAUUUUUGAGUUGUUAAAUGAUAAAAGAUUUUAUUAUAGCUUUCUAAUAAAUUCCGUAAUCUUAUAAACGUUUAUAACAAGAAAGUUUUAAAAUUUAUUUGUUUUAGGUUGUAACCGUUGGAUCUGGUAUCCUCUCGUACCCAUGGGACACCGUACGUCGUCGUAUGAUGAUGCAGAGCGGCCGGAAGGAUAUAUUGUACAAGAACACUUGGGAUUGUGCGGUGAAGAUUGUCAAGAACGAAGGAAUGAGCGCCAUGUUCAAGGGAGCUCUGUCGAACGUGUUCAGAGGUACUGGUGGUGCUUUGGUGCUCGCAAUCUACGACGAAAUUCAAAAAUUCUUGUAG